AUGGAGCAGUCACCACAUUUUUACUGCACCACCUGUAAUGUUGAGUUUCACAAUGGUUGUCAACGGCGUACAAGAAAGAUAACUCAUCCUUAUCACCUCCAACACCCUCUCACUCUCUCUUAUCGAAACCCUGAAACGGGAAUCAUGUUCAACUCUAAUGUUGACUCUGGCGAAACUCAGUCCAACACAUCUGAUCGUGGGAAGUCUGAGUCUCUCGAUAUUAUUUGGUCCCAAGCCGAUAGCAUAUUCGAUGAGUGCACUUGGUGUGGUAAAGAUUUCAAAGAUGUUAGUCCACCUCUAGCUAUUCCAAACCCAAAAAGCCAUCAACAUUCACUUCUCCUCUUCCCUCGACCGGUACCAGUUCCAUGUGAUGCUUGUGGAUUGAUUAAGGCGCAUGAGGAAUGCUCUUAUGUAGUUCAUUCCAAAUGUGCAACACAUGAAAAUAUAUGGGAUGGAAGGGAACUAGAAUGGAAAAUAGAAGAAUCGGAUGAUACUGAAGAUAUUAUACCUUUCAAGAGAGUAGGGGAUGAUCUGAUUAAGUAUUUUGGUCAUCAACAUUGUCUAAGGCUCCAAGAGUACGAUUGUGUUCGAGACGCCGAGAAGCAAUGUCAAGCGUGCGUCUUCCCUAUCGACUCUCAGCAUUUCUACCAUUGUACGACAUGUGAUUUCUUCCUCCACGAGGUAUGUGCUAAUCUUCCUCGAAAACUGGAUCAUGCAUUGCACAAUCACCGUCUUAUCCUAGAUCCGUCAUCACCAAAAGACUUCAAAUCCAUCUAUUGUUCAGUUUGCUCCCGGGCAUCCACUGGUUUCAGGUACAAGUGUUCAGAAAUAGAUUGCCAAAAAGGCGCGAAAUUUGCGGUGGACAUUCUGAUGCAUUUUGGUUCCUGA